AUGUUGGCACUGGGCUCAAAAUUCAGUAUACCAGUUUCAGCAAAUCAAAUACCCAUAUACAAACUUAUCACAGAUGUGGAGGAUUUAAUCCAGAAGGUUCCAACAGAGAGGAGGGAUUUUCUGAGAGGAAAAACAACAAGCAUAAUUACUAAUUUUAUACACAAUAACAGCAACAAGAAUUACACAACAGAAAGACUAUUCAACGUGACAAAAUCCUUCUUGAGGGACAAUGAAGAGCUGAUUGUACUUAACAGUGACAAAGGAUCGGUAACGGUGAUAAUGGAGAAGCAAGACUAUGUACAAAAAAUGCUAGCGAUCAUCAAUUCUAAUAGUUUUAAAGAAUUACCCAUGGACCCGACUCAAAAGAUACAAACAAAAUGUAACAAAUUCGUUUCCUUGUUGGAGACACACAAAGUUAUCACAAGAGAAAAGGCAAGGCAAAUGAGGACCUACAACUCAAAUACACCUAAAAUAUAUGGCAAUCCAAAGAUACAUAAACCGGACACUCCCUUGAGGCCAAUAGUAUCUUGUAUACAGGCACCAACCCGGUAUCUUUCUGGGUAUGUAGCAGAGAUAUUGAGUAUGGCGUAUGAUAAAGACAAUGAAUAUUUUAUCAAGGAUUCCUUUGAGUUUGCUGAUCUUGUGAACAAUCUUAAGGUACCACCUGACCACGUUGUCAUAUCGUUGGAUGUGGUCAACUUGUUCGGAAACAUCCAGAGUGAACUAGCAAUCGAAGCAAUAAGUAAAAAAUGGAAUGUGAUCCAAGAAUAUACGAACAUACCUAAACAACUCUUUAUGGAUAUCCUCAACUUUCUGAUGGAGAACAGUUAUUUCUCCUUCCAAGGAAAAUUUUACCUGCAGAUAUUUGGAAGUUCCAUGGGCUCAGAUCUGAGUCCAAUAAUAUCCCUUUAUGUGAUGGAUUAUCUUCUGGACGGCACGGUUGCCAAGUUGCCAUUUAAAUUGUUUCUUAUAAAAAAGUACGUAGAUGAUCUCCUACUCAUUGCUCCAGCUAACGAAAUCACUAACAUCAAAACCACAUGCAAUAGUUUUAAUGAACACAUCCAGUUCACUGUAGAGGAAGAAGAUGAAAACCACUCAGUUCCAUUUUUGGACACAAAGGUCUGCCGAAUAAACAACACCAUAAAAUUAGACUGGUAUAGAAAAGACAUAACAUCAGACAAAUUUAUCCAUUACUUAUCUGAUCACCCAAUCAAGACGAAAAUAAAUACUAUAAAAGGAAUGAGAACAAGGGUAGAUAGAAUUUGCCAUCCCGAUUUCAGGCAGAUAAAUAGUAACAAGCUUUUCAAAAUAUUUGUGGAAAAUGGUUAUCCAAGGAGUAUGCUCAGAAAACUACUUUUUGAGUCGGCCACAAGUAGAAUGAAUGAGGUUGAAGAAGUCAAUGUACCAUCACAAAACAAUGAAAUUGAUGAGAUAAAAUAUGGGAGUAUAAUGAACAUAAAUGUUAAGAUAUAUAUAUAA